AUGCAUAUAGCUCCCAAAUACACAGCAAACCUUCUGACUGAGUUGGAGUGUUUAUGGCGGGAGCGGGAAAACCCAGAAAACGUCAUACUACAGGUUAUAAAGGAGUCUCUUCGUCACAGGGGAAUAGGGAUGGCGCCAGUUCUUCAGAGCUCACAGCCAUGGGUUGAGAAAUACCGGCCGAAGCAGGUGAAGGACGUGGCGCACCAGGAGGAGGUGGUACGGGUCCUCACCAACACGCUCCAGACUGCUAACUGUCCGCACAUGCUCUUUUAUGGACCGCCGGGUACCGGAAAAACCACUACCGCACUUGCCAUCGCCCACCAGCUAUUCGGACCUGAAUUAUACAAGUCUAGGGUGUUGGAGCUGAAUGCUAGUGAUGACAGAGGGAUUAAUGUUGUUCGGACAAAGAUCAAGGAUUUUGCUGCUGUAGCUGUUGGGACUAAUAACCGUCAAGGCGGUUAUCCUUGCCCAUCAUUUAAGAUCAUAAUCCUAGAUGAGGCUGAUUCGAUGACGGAAGAUGCUCAGAACGCCUUGAGGCGCACAAUGGAAACUUACUCCAAAGUCACUAGGUUCUUUUUCAUAUGUAAUUAUAUAAGCAGGAUCAUUGAGCCCCUUGCUUCAAGAUGUGCGAAGUUCAGGUUUAAACCACUUUCUGAAGAAGUCAUGAGUAACCGUAUAUUGCAUAUUUGUAAUGAAGAAGGUCUCAGCCUUGGUGGAGAGAGUGCUACACGGUUGUUUGGAUCAACGAUAACUUCUAAGGAUUUACUCGAUGUAUCUGGGUUAUUUGACAUAGUCGUUGAGGCUGGUGAUGACAUGACGGACAUGCAAAAGGCUAAGAUCUGCAAAUGUCUAGCUGAAACAGAUAAGAGACUUGUAGAUGGCGCGGAUGAGUACCUGCAGCUUCUGGACGUGGCAAGCAAUACAAUUUGUGCACUCUCACAAAUGGCUCAAGACUUCUAA